AUGGCCAAGAGAUACAUCUCAACCGUCGGCGUUCUUACCAUUCCGUUCCACUGUACCAAAGUCAUUACAGUAUUUUCAGUCGACUCCGACUCGUCCCGCAUAAACACACUUCCGUGCGGGGGCCAGUUCGGCAACUCUGCAACGGGUCCAGCCGAGCAGACUCCACCUGUGCCGACGGAGCAACUGCCAGCCCUGACGGGGGCAAUGGAAGCGUCUCGUCACGAGAAUACUGGACAAAGUGAGCACAUGACUGAGACGGCACCUCCUCCAUGA